AAACGCGUGGACGUGUCGACGCUGGACGUACGCGUCGGCCGAGUGACGAAGGCGUGGGAACACCCGGACGCGGACAAAUUGUGGUGCGAGAACAUCGAUCUCGGGGAGAAAGGCGUGCGACAGAUUUGCAGUGGGUUGCGCGCGUUUAAGACGAAGGAACAGAUGGAGGGCGCGCGCGUGUGCGUCAUCGUCAACGUGAAGCCGGGGAAGCUUCGCGACGUCAAGUCGGACGGUUUGGUGCUGUGCGCGUCCAACGCCGACCACACCGAGGUUGAUUUCGUGAUUCCGCCCGAAGGCGCGGCGAUCGGCGAGCGCGUCGCGUUCCCGGGCUUCGAGGGCGAGCCGGAGGAAGUGCUCAAUCCGAAGAAGAAGCAACUCGACGCGGUGUGUCUGGACUUGAAGACGAACGCGGAGGGCGUGGCGUGCUACAAAGACGUCCCGUUU